AUGUCAGGAACUGAAAACAAAAUUCUGAUUAAAAUCGGUCUUGAUCUAGUCUACAUUGGAAUUGUUCUAAUCACCUUUUUCGUAAACGAGUUUAGCUACAUGGAAAGCUUAGAAAUUGGGCUUAUAAAGUUGUCAGUAAAUUACUCUGGAGAUUGGUUCAGUGUGCUUAAAUCAGAACCUUUUUCUUACUUCAAGGGACAAUUUUGUGACAUCUCAGACGAGAAUUCUCAAAAAAUUUGUGACUGUUUAAGUGCAUGAGAAGCCUCAGGAAUUCUUUAUUUAAUAUUUACAUCUAUUUCCUUUGUCUUUUGUGCAUAUGGACUUUUAAGGCUAUCCCUUAAGUAUUUAGGAAGAGAUUUUUCGCUUUAUGUGAAGCAUGAUAUAGAGCAAUAUAUAUACCCUGCCUUAUAUAUAAUUGCGCUUAUUCUGUAUACAAGUAUUAGCCAAGUUUUUACUCUUGAUCCACCUAAAGGCCUCUCUCAUGAUUAUGGUGUUAAAGCAGAACCUGGGAUUAUUUUAAUGCUUGUGGCAUUGUUUAUUGCUCUUGUAGGUAUAGUGUAUUUUCUUAGUGUUAGAAAAGAAAUUAAUGAAAAAUCAGAUUAUGCACGGCCAUUACUAUUUCUUUUAUAGGAGUAAAUUUUUUUUAAUAAAAAGAAACUUAUAAAAAUCAUAUUUAAAAACAUUUUAGCAAAUAAUUUGCUAUUAAAUGAUAUUAAAUAAGAUAUUUUAAGCCUAUUUUUUUUACAAAUUGAGCUUUUGUAAUUAAUUUGAUAUUAAUAAUUUUUAUAAACUCGUUUAAGCUAUAGCAAUAAUAGAAAAGGGUGUAAGUUACUAA